GUUCGUUACUUUUUUCGUACCCAACAACAAAGUUAGUUACAAUUAUAAAUAGUUCAACAAAUAGUCCCAUUUCCCUCUCUUUUUCUUUCUUGCUUUCUGUUUCGACUUUUCUUCUGCAACUUCACUAUCAUCAUCAUUAUCUUCUUGUGCAAACUCAGAAUCAAGAAGAAACUCAUCAAGAUGUCUAAAGAUGAACGCAAAAAUGGCCACAGUACCAAACAAAAGAUGAAGUCCGCAAUACAAGAAGAAGAGCUUAAACUGACUGUGCAAGAGUUACUAGCUCAGAUGGACGCGAAUGCAAUGAUCCAGAAAAAACCCAGGAACCCCAGAUUCCCGAUUACAGGGGCAUCGGCUAGUCACAGUACAGAUCCUCUUCCGCUCCAGCACGAAUAUAUUGAGCAAGGAGGAGAAAUUUCCUCAUCCAUAGCUGUGCAAGCGAAUCAGAACAUGCCACAAAGUUCCAACGUAGCACGAGGAAGCAAGAAGAAAGUUGCUACAAGGGAAAAUAAGGGAAUUGUGAUUGAAGAAGUAGUAGAAUUGCCAAAAAGGAAAAGGCCUGAUAGUCUUAAAUUUCGUGAACCAUUGCCAAAAGGGUCAGUCGCGGAUAGUGAAUAUGAUCCUACUUCUGAGGAGUAUACUGAUGAGUCUGAUAGAGAUUACAUACCUUGACCUGAAGUCUGAAGAUGCUAUAGAAAGGUAAAUGCAAUUCAUAAAUAGAUUUAGUGACCAAAAACACUAAUGCUAGCUAGAUACGAAAAUACCUGUAUAGAAGAGAACAGUAUGUAGAUGUGACCAAGUUCUUUGUUUUGUAUCAGCAAGAUUCUGCUGUUUGGAUAAGGAAGAACUAAUUUCUACUGUUUUUUUUAUUA